AUGACAAAAAAUAGGCGCGCGCAGGCGAUACACGACAGCUGUGCCGAGCUGUGCCAGGCGAAGCUGCUGACCAGGGCGGAAGAGUAUGAGCUGGGCACGAAGAUUCAGACGCUCAUGGGCCACGUCGGCGCGAGGCAGGAGCUCGCGGCCGGACUGGGCCGGGCGCCGACGUUCUCGGAGUGGGCGGAGUCUCGCCGCAUGACGGUGGUCGAGCUCGAGGAGAGCCUGAAGGUGGGCGGAGCGGCCAAGAAGACGAUGGUGGAGGCGAACAUGCGCAUGGUAAUCUCGAUCGCGAGGAAGUACCAGCACCUGGGCGUGCCCCUGACGGACCUCAUCCAGGAAGGGUCCCUCGGGCUUGUGCGAGCGGUGGAGAAGUUCGACCCUGAGCGAGGCUUCAAGCUCAGCACGUACUCGGCGUGGUGGAUUCAGCAGGCGAUUUUUAAGGUUCGGGCUGGAAGACGGGAAGCGAAAGUCCCUGCGGCAGAUCGCGGAGAUGGUGCGCACGUCGCAGAACUACGUGCGACGCGUGGAGGGCACGGCUAUGAGGAAGCUGCGUGCCCCGGAGCAGCAGCGACGCCUCCGAGACUUCAGCAACUCCUCCUCCCUCUCCGCCUCGACCGCAACGUCUUGGGAGGAGCUGUUGGCCGCCGCCGCGGCCGCCUCCUCUUCGAACCAAAAUCGGAAUCGUGGCCGCGGCGGGCGGCGGGCGAGACGAGGAGUUUCGGGUCGCCGUAG